GUAUCGCGUGCCAUAAACGAAAGGCGAGUCUUCGGCUCUUAGCUGGGCAUCUGUCGACGAACUCACUAAACAACUGCCACAUAGGUUCGCUGCGAUCUGGUUCGUGGGGAAGAAUCCUGUUCCAAUUGUCGAUUCCAGAGAAUUGAAUGCACGUAAGAGGGGGCCAGAUCAGGUUUCAAUAACCACUCCAGUUCUCUGCUGAUGAUGAAUGCUUCAAGACCUCACAAGAGGAAGCGACAUGACCUCACACGUCUCCACGGAUUGCGCAACAUACCGGCAGCAGUCAAGGCACCGAGCAGUGCGUCACUCAUCAGGCCAGUUGAGCACCCGACAUUACCUCCAAUGUCAGAAGCCGCCACUGAACGCAGCACCGUAACAACAGCAAAGCAUGGCAACUCUUGCUCACCCGCCAGUGAAAAUCUCGCCUAUGUUGGCAGACCAGAGUAUCUACCAGGGGAAUUUGCCACAGAAAGAGAACCUGACGCCGACCCACCCAAAACCUCAAGAGGCGACGCCGAAAUAACGUAUCUACAAUCGUUGAAGGCGUUUGAUUUCCCACCGAGACCGGUGCGUGACGGCCUGAUCGAUAACUUUCUCAAAAUCUGCAGUCCUUGGAUGCCGGUGGUCGAAAUAGAGGAUCUCAAGCUCCAGAGUGCUGGAUCCGGACAUCCCGAUUCGACUCAAGGAGGGUCGCUACUCCUGACUCAAGCUGUUCUCGUUGCAGGCAGUAGAGUCCAGCCUACAGCCCUGUUACCGAAUUCGGACUGUGCGACCUUCUACAACAAGGCCAAGGCGCUGUUCUUCGCGGAUCUGGAGCCGGAUCCGUUGCACACGAUUAGCGCAUUGUGCUUGAUGCAAUGGUACAACCCAAGCGGGCCGGAACACGUCUCAAUUCACUCCAGCGGCUUCUGGCUCAGGAUUGCCGUGGGCUUGGGCUUCCAGAUAGGGUUGCACCGUGAGCCAGAUCCUAGAUCCGCCAAGUGCAAAUUGCGGAGAAGGCUCUUCUGGACACUGUUUGCACGAGACUGUCUGCUGUCCAUAGCCCAAGGCCGUCCUCGAGCCAUUAAUCUGGUUGAAUGCAAUAUCAGUCUGCCAACAGUUGCGGACUUCCCACAAGACAACAAGAACGCUCGCCUUUUUGUCGCGUACGUCGAGAUUUGUUCAAUCCUCGGGCAAUGUGGCAAAGCUCUGAGCGGAGGAUAUUCCCAUUGGGCGCCGGUUGAGGUUGGUCGGAGUCUCCAGCGAUGGAUCUCCCACCUCCCCGAGUGCCUGAAGCUCAACAACGCCCUGGAUUAUGAUUUUGAGGUGCGCCAGCUUUACCUGAUAUACUUUACCGCCAUCUCCAUCCUUUACGGACCCGGGCGCUCUGGUAAUUGUACAUCUGUUGCGCCAAUCCUCGCCUCCUCGUGUGUGGCCCGAAUUUUCGAGGAUUUCUUGGCUCGCGACCAGCUCCGGUGUCUGGCCCCGAUGACCAUAUUUUACCUCCGAGUGGCUGCGCUGCCGCAGUUAUGUUGCUUCAACUUCGGCUCGCUCUGGGACAUCUCCAAACUUGAGUUGUCUGUGAUUCAACGAUCACUUCAUGAAAUGGCAAAGACCUGGCACUCUGCACGCCGGGCCCUGCGCAUCUUGACAAGCCUCGUCAAUGCUGUGAGGCGCGGGCAGGAAGCACAUCGACCUCUAACAGAUCUGGAUCUAUCCCCCGAACAAUUGUCAUUCUUUGAAAUGGUCCCAGCGGAAUUAUGUCCGAAGAGGCAUAUCAUUGAGGCCGCAGUAGAUGCCACAGGAGUCAGCUCGCAAGAGAAACCCGACGCCCGAUUCCAGAGCACUUCUGCUCUCGCGAACCCCAGUCUCGUGACUCUGAGACGUGACCCAACAGCAGUCUGCGAUAGCACCACGCGGGAGCCAACCAUGGUUGCCCCACUGAGAUCUCUGUCGACUGCCUUGGAUGCCUCAUCCGGAGAGAUGCAAGAAUAUACAGCUGCAGACUCAUGGUUCACACGCGACAGCGACGACUGGACAGGCAUUGACGAAGCCUUGGGGCCCGGACUUGGCCUGGACGACGACGACUUUUUUAUGUCGCUUCACGAAAGGCUUCUGCAAGACUUGAGGUAGAUCCCAUCUUGCUGGCUUCGUGCCUCUAUAUAUUAUUCUAUUCCCCUGUUUGGACUUCCAACGGUAUUCUACAUCGAAUACUUCUCAAAUCUAUCUCCUCUCAUAUGGCUUUGACUAAGAGAUCGGAAUUGCGGCAA